AGUCGGUGUUUGUCGUUGGUUCGAAUCUAACUGAAUGUGGUUUUUAUAAAGAGAUAUUUUUUAAUACUGAUUUUAACUUUUUUUUUACAUGUAAUAAUUUAUGAAUAAAAUAAAUUAAACUCAUAAACUAUAAACAAUGAACAAGUGUACAAAUUUAACGAACAAAAAAAAAAAUAAUCAUUCGUCAGAAAAUAAGCGUUCAGUUCAUGGAUCAUCUUCGACAGAUGUCAUAACUAUUUCCACUAAUAGUGAUUGUGUAGAUAGUAAAUCCAUUAUGGCCCAACAAACUAAUUCCAGUGAAAAUAUUAAUUCAAAUGAGGUUGCCUUACACAGCAAUGAUAAAACAAAUAAAGUAAUCAAACGAAGACGUGGCAGGCCACGAAAAGUUAUUGUUGAAAAUCCUCUAACAAUGUCAAAAGUAGAAAAUGCUGAUUUGACGUUGCAAAAUGUUACCAAAGAAGAAAUUCCACCAUGUGAAAAUUCAUCUACUGAAAAUAUAGAUACAACAGCAAAUAUAAGUCUAAGCAGUGGUGAAUUAACAGAAGAAGAAACAAACCAAACGAACGUCAAACGUAGAAGACGUAGAAAAGGACGUGGUAGACGGCCUGGAAGAAAGCUAAUUGAACCUGAUAAUGAAUAUACACCACGACUUUCAUUAAGACCAACAGAAUUCCAUAAAGAAUAUACUACAAUUGAAAUAGAAUUUAUAAAUGAAGAAGUUGUUUGUGGAAGAUGCAAGAAAAAUGUUGUUAAAAAACAGUGGAGAAAGCAUAAUUUGGAUAAGCAUAAUAAUACAGCUUGGAUAGAAGGUAAUGAACCAAUAAAUUAUGAAGAUAAUGAAAAGUUAUGGAGAAGUGUCUUAACAAAAGCUCAUAAACAAAAACGUGGAGUAUUGUUUUGUGAUAAGUGUAACACUACAAAACGGAGUGUUUUAGGUUUUAUAUCCCACUAUAAAUUUUGUGGAAAGUCUGAAGAAGAAAAAGAAUCAAUGAUGUGGACUUGUCCAAUAUGUCACAGUGUAUUUAUGCCAUCAUCUCAAGAUUUUCAUGAACGAACGCAUAGAGAUGUUGAACGUUCAAAAAAAGUCAUAAACUCAGUGAAGGUGGAUGAUUAUGAUGGCAAACGGAAACGAAAAGCAGCCGAAAAGGCUGCAUCAAAAAUAAUCGAAUUUGUAGAACAUGAAGACGUCAAACCUCCAGCGAAAAAAGCAAAGAAAAAUAACAUUGAUAGUUUUAUUGAUAAACCAAAGUUAAUGAAAUCCAUUCCUCAUGUAUGGAAAGGAUACUGGAUACAAGCUCUUGCAGCAAAUGAAAAAGCUUUGUGUCGCCAGCCUGGAUGUACUUUUGCUGGUUCUACAUUACAAGAAAUAUGUAAUCAUCAUGGUCAGUGUAAUUUUACACCUCGCAAGACUUAUAUUUGUAAAAUUUGUAAGUUCGAAUCAGAAUUAAUAGAAAAUCUUAAACAUCACAUAGAAAAUGAUCAUCGUGAAAAAUUAGUUUCGGAUGAUGAAUUUGAUUUUAAUCAAAGUCAAAGUGAAGAAAGUGAUAACGAUCCAUUUAAUGAUGAACCAAAUAUUCCUAGAUCUGCUGGUAAACAAAAACAGUAUGAUAAAUUUCUAAAUUCUGACAACCGAGCUGAUUUUUUGAAAAAAACUAAAUUUUAUAAAGACAAUAAUUUAAAUAUUCCUUACACUCCAGCAAUCAAGUGGACAUUGGAUUUUUAUAUAAAAAAUUAUAGAUUAAUAUUAUUUGAAAAUUUACACCUUAAUGCCUUUCAUUUACUAAUGAAUUCGGAAGCUGAAAAAUAUCUUCCAAAAGUUAAAAAAUCAAUGCGUACUAAACGAGCUAAAGAUUUAUCAAAUAAUUUAAAGAAAACCACUGAAGAUUUAAAUGAAUGGAAAACGUGGAAUCAAUUUGAAUCAUCUGUUACUGAUAAUAUUCCUACUUUUUUCGUUGGUGGUCCGGUAUGGUCAAUGGCCUGGUUACCUAUUCCUCUUACAAUGUAUUCUAACGAUAUAGAUCAAUAUUUAGCUAUCAGCACCCAUCCAUCAAUGAAUAGUAUUCAUGUAGUAGGAAAAUCAUAUAAAUAUAACAAUAUUAUCCAAAUAUGGAACCUAGGCCAUUUAACCCAAGCACAUUCUUGUACUCCUGUUGCUCCCAAACUUUCUUAUGCAUUAGCUCAUAAAAAAGGAACUAUUUGGUGUAUGGAAUGGUGCCCUUCAGGAGCUUAUGGACAUUUUAAUUUAAUAAAUAAUAAAAAAUCGGAAAAUUUAUUUCAACGAAUGGGACUUCUUGCUGUUGCUUCAUCUGAUGGCUGUGUCCAUAUUUAUUCUCUUCCUUUCCCUGAAGUAUUAAACUUUAACACAAUUAAAGAUCAUGAUUUACCGAUUUAUAAAACUGAACCUGUUAUAACUUUACAUGUUAACAAAUAUUUACAUGACAAAAAUAAGGUAAAUUGGCAAUGCUUAAGAGUUAGUUGGAGUAAAUUAGUCGAUCACGACAUUAUUGCGGCUGGUUUUUCUAAUGGCUAUGUUGCUUUAUGGAAUAUAAUCAAUAAUUCUCCUCUUCUUGUUACGAAAAAAGGAGAUACUUUACAUAUAAAUGCUUAUAAACAUUUUUAUGCUCAUGGACAAGCUGUAACUUACGUAGAAAUAAUUCCGAUAAAAGGAAAAAGAUACUUAGCUACUGCUAGUUUAGAUAGAUGUACAAAAUUUUGGGAUUUAGAAGACACCUCUUAUGCCUUUGAAGUUGUCAAAAAAGGUGUAGUUGUAAAUGGAGCAUGGCUAAUGCAUUGGCCGAACGUUUAUACAGCACAUGAUGAUGUUCUUGGAUUAACACACACUAGAACUUACAUGAUUGGACUACGUGAAGCAUGUAGUAAAACAUUUCCUUUGCUGCCAACUAAUUCUGUAACAUAUGGAUUAGCAGUUUCAGAUUUUGCAAAUGGCAUAUGCCAUGGAACUUUGUCAGGAGAAAUAGCUGCUAUAUUCCCUUUUCAGAUGUUAUAUUUUAAAGAUCUUGAUAGACUUACAAGAAAAAGAUGGUUAGUUUCGUCUAUUGAAGUUGUAGAUCUUGAAACCUCGCAAGAAAAAAAGAAAACAGCAAAUGAUGUUGAAAAAGAAAAUAAAAGUAAAGCGAGUUUGAAGGAUCAUAACUAUAUGCCAGAAACUUAUGAAGAAUGUGCAAAUCAAUUCGGAAUUAUUUUCCAUGAUGAUUUAAAUAAUAUGAAAAAUAAAGGAACCAAAAAAUCCGUAAGACGUAGCUCUCUAAAUUCUGAUGCUAUGAAAUUUUCACCAAUUGAACAAUACCAAUUCACAUCUGUUAAUCGGAUUGCUUGGAAUCCAAAUGCCUGGAGUUAUUUGUGGAUAGCUGCUGGAUAUCAAAAUGGACUAAUUAGAGUUCUUCAUUUAAGGCCAUAUUCUUCACAAAAUUCUGGAACGAAGUUACUAGCAGAAUAUUCUAAGCAAAUGAUUAACAAAGAAAACAAUUUACAAUGUUCAAGUGCUUCUUAAAUUAUAUUUAUAAAAAAAUAAACAAUUUUGAAUAAUGAUAA